AUGGCUCCCGCUAACCUCCCCUCGGUCUUCAACGCGACCAGCCAGGACAUUGAGAUGCUUCUCGCAGCUCAGGCCCAUAUUGGCAGCAAGAACAUGCAGGUUCACAUGGAGCCUUACCUCUGGAAGACUCGCCAGGACGGUGUCAAUGUCAUCAACGUCGGCAAGACCUGGGAGAAGAUUGUCCUCGCCGCCCGCAUCAUCGCCGCCAUCGACAACCCCGCCGACAUUUGCGUCAUCUCCGCCCGUCCCUACGGUCAGCGUGCCGUCCUGAAGUUUGCCCACCACACUGGUGCCGUCGCCAUUGCCGGCCGCUUCACCCCCGGUUCCUUCACCAACUACAUCACCCGCUCGUUCAAGGAGCCCCGUCUCAUCAUCGUCACCGACCCCCGCACCGACGCCCAGGCUAUCCGCGAGGCCAGCUACGUCAACAUUCCCGUCAUCGCCCUCUGCGACACCGACUCGCCCACCGAGUACGUUGACGUUGCCAUCCCCACCAACAACAAGGGUCGCCACUCCAUCGGUCUCGUCUGGUGGAUGCUCGCCCGUGAGGUCCUCCGCCUCCGCGGCACCAUCUACAACCGCGAGACCCCCUGGGAGGUCAUGACCGAUCUGUACUUCUACCGCGACCCCGAGGCCGAGGCCGAGGACAAGGUCGAGGACGAGAAGGUUGUCGGCGCCGAGGAGGAGGCCCCCGAGGCCACCAACGACGAGUGGGCUGCCGCCCCCGCCGGCUUCACCGGUGCCACCGGUAACUGGGACGGCACCACCGACGAGUGGGGUGCCACGAACACCGCUGCUCCCGCCGCCGCCCCCGCCGCCGGCACCAGCACCGAGUGGGGUGGCGAGGCCACCAAGACCGAGUGGUAA